AAGGGAACAAAACUGCUCUGUAUAGUACACCAUGAUUGUUCGGCAAUGUUUGCGGCAAAGCCGCCAGCUCGGUGCGCUCAACUGCCAAUCGCGCGUCUGGGCCCGAUUCUCCUCCACCGAGACGAUUGUCGACACUCCGAUGCAGCAAGCCCCCCGGGUGACUGCUACUCCCAGUGGAAUACCCUCGGAGCCUGGGUCGCCAGCAGAAUAUGGAAUGACAUCUGAGAAGGCUGCCUGGGGCAAGGGCCUACAGCGCAAGUCCGACUUCCGCAAAAUGGGAACCACCGUGGUAGGCAAAUACCACCCCGACAAUCUUCUCCUCGACCCCCCGAAACCAUCCGACAUCACCCUCGAACUGCUUCUCGCCAACCAGACCCAUCUCGGCCACUCCACCUCGCGCUGGAACCCGCAAAACUCCCCCUACAUCCACGGUAUCCGCGAGGGCGUCCACAUCAUCUCCCUGGACGUGACCGCCGCGUACCUACGGCGUGCGGCCAAGGUCGUCGAGGAGGUCGCCGCCCGCGGCGGGUUGAUCCUGUUCGUCGGCACCCGGAAGGGCCAGAAGCUGACGGUGGUGCGGGCCGCCGAGCGGGCCAAGGGCUACCACCUCUUCGAGCGGUGGAUCCCCGGCAGCUUGACCAACGGGAAAGUCAUCCUGGGCCACUGCGAGGUGAAGGUGGUGAACAUGUACGACGACGAGCUGCCGGCCUUCAAGGAGGUGGCCGCCUCGCGGCCCUCGCUCAAGCCGGACUUGGUGGUCUGCUUGAACCCCCUGGAGAACACGGUCCUCCUGCACGAGUGUGGCCUCAACAACGUCCCCACCAUCGGCAUCAUCGACACGGAUGCGGACCCCACCCGCGUCACCUACCCGAUCCCCUCGAACGAUGACAGUAUGCGGGCCGUCGGCCUCAUUGCGGGCGUCCUGGGACGCGCCGGAGAGGCCGGUCAGAAGCGGCGGUUAGAACUUGCGAGGAUGGGUGAGACUCUUUACCAGCCCCUUAGAAAUGCCGAACUCCCGUUCCGGCGGGCGGGGAGGGAAACCGAUCAGGGAGAGGGUUCUUGAGGGGUGGGAAUGAAGACUCGGCGCUACGUAAUUUCUUUCUGAUAUUGGAUUGCCUACCCUUUGACUGGGAUUGUACUGUAUAGGACAUAUAAACGUUUUGGUGUUUUCCCUCUCUCCAUGUUCCCCUUCUGGUGUUGCGUUGCGUACAUGUAUCAACAAAUGUCAUGUGAAUCAUAUCUUUAUCAUCCUGGGGUUAUCUGAUUCUACUGUUAAACGG